AAGCCGUUUGGGCUCCAGCGGGGGGCGGCUCGGCCUCGUGAGCCCAGGCCCAGCCUGCCGGUUGGGAGCGCCCGUGCGGCCGCCCCCUGCAUGGCGCAGGCCGCAUGGCCCAGCGACGCUCGCUCCCCGCGGUGUGCGUCCUGGCGGGCACGCGGCUCGCUGCGGGGCAGGCCCCUGCGGACGGGCAGGGUGCCCCCCGCGGCCCCGCGUGGGCGCCCUGCUGGGAGAAGUACACCCGGGAGGAGUGCUGCGGGCCCGACGGCGGGCAGCGCAGGGCCUCCUGCUUCGACUCGGUCUUCACCGCCAGGGAGUGCUGCGCCGGCGACGGCUGGGCGCGCCUGUCUCCGGAGGCGGAGCCCACGGAGACCGCCUGGGAGGACGCGGCCCGGUGGCUGCAGGGGGGCCUGCUGACGGAGCCGCCCCGUGGGCACCCCGCCUACAGCCGUGCGCAGCGCCGGUGGGAGGCCGGCAUCGCGAACGCGACGGUGCUGCUCGCGGAGGAAGUCCUCGGGCACCGCGUCCAGCUGCGGGUGUUCAAGCGCUCGGGGCCCGCCCUGGCCAAGAUGCUGGAGGCGUCAGCAGCGUCUGACACCAACCUUUCCCCAUCCCCACUGGGCCACGAUAUCCCAUCCCCACUAGUUGGCGCCGGGCGGGGAGGGGAAGCGAGAAGGAGAAGGCCUUCUCAGAAGGCGGCGGGACUUCUCAAAAGCUCUCGCGCCCUCUGAGAAGUAUUCUGCGUCUUCGGGUAAGGCUGG